AUGAAUGGCUGCUCCAAGAGGAAGUCUCAUCCGAUUCUGCCGGACUUUAGACGUAUGGAGCUACACGCAAAGUUCCCUCUGAUGCCGUACGGCCAAGGAAGAAGAAUCAUCCAGCAAUUCAAAUUGGGAUGGGCUAACUCUUCCACACAUCGUUGCCAUGAUACAUGGCUAAGGUUCAGGAACUGUGUAUCUCUGAAACCUCAGCGAUUCGUGGAGAGAUGCCAAGUUCAGGCAGCAUUGCAUUUGGAUUGUCUCAAGAUGCACGGUCAUGGUAAGGCCGACGAAGCUCGAACAGUCCACUUUCGAAGGUUCUUGGAGAGAUUCCGAGUCUUCGAUGAGAAAUACUAUAAGAAUAAGAAGUAUGCUGACCCAACAGUCAACUCUCAUGGGGAAGGCACUGUCUUUCAAUUCACCAGCGCUUCGUCAAAUCCUCUAGGAGGUGGUGCUUGGUGA